AUGGAUAAGGUGGCAGUAAUCACUGGUGGUGCAAGAGGAAUAGGAGCAGCCACAGCAAAAUUGUUUGCAGAAAACGGAGCACAUGUUGUGAUUGCUGAUGUUCUUGAUGAUCUUGGUGCCUCACUAGCUGAAUCCAUUGGUGGAAGAUUCAUACACUGUGAUGUGUCAAAGGAAGAAGAUGUUGAAUCAGCCAUUAACCUUGCUCUUUCAUGGAAGGGACAUGUGGACAUUAUGCUAAACAAUGCUGGGAUUGGAGCCAUUGAUGGAAGCAUUACAAGCCUUGACAUGGAACAUGUGAAACAUUUGUUAUCCAUAAACCUCAAUGGAACCAUACAUGGAAUCAAACAUGCUGCAAGAGCAAUGAUCAAAGGCCAAAAGGGAGGGUCCAUCAUAUGCACCUCAAGUGCUGCAGCCAUCAUGGGUGGUUUGGCUUCACAUGCUUACACUAUGUCUAAAGCAGCAAUGGAUGGUUUGGUGAGAAGUGCUGCUUGUGAGUUGGGAGUUCAUUUGAUAAGAGUGAAUAGCAUAUCACCACAUGGGGUUGCCUCAGAGAUGCUUCUAAGUGCUUUCAAGAGGUUUGAGAAGGUUGACAUCACCCUUGAAGAGUUGAAAGGGCAUAUUGGGAAGAGGGCAAGUUUACUUCAAGGGAAAGGUGCAACUGCAGAAGAUGUUGCACAUGCCGCACUGUUCUUGGCUAGUGAUGAAUCUAGCUUCAUAACAGCACACACUUUCCCAAUUGAUGGAGGAUACACUUCUGCUGUUAGUCACAUGAGUUUCAUUUACCAAGAUCCAAAGUGA